AAUCAUGACCCUAACUGUUGGUGCACUUGAGGAAAGAUUUCUGCCGAUGGAUUCAAAAUCUUCGCUGGGUAGUUGUAUGGAAAAACACAGUGUUUUGGACAAUCCCUGUGUGUCCCCUUCGCAGGACAACAAUGUUAAUUCAUUCAACACAAAUAAUGUUACAAAAGAGCGGUUGAACACAGGAAGAAGGGGUACAGAUUAUUCAGACAAAGCUACAGUGACUGCACCAUGUCCUCCUAAAGAUUCUACAGGCACAGAAGUCAGCUCAAAAGAGCAGCUCAGUAAAAAUGACAAGACGGAUAAACAGACUGUAUCCAGAUCUUCCUUAGAAGCCAAAGAACAUCUGAAGCCUGUGCUUCAUAAAGACCUGGAGAGCAGUGGCCCUGACCACUGGGCUAAGAGGCGAAAGCUCUUCAAGGAAAGCAAGCAGUGGAGCUCGGCUGGUGGAAGCUCAAUAACCAGUGACAUCACAGAGGAAUCAGUGUCAGAGGAGACUCGCUCUAUGGACAUGACAGUUGGUGACAAUGAAGACAAGGGCUUUUAUACAGAGACUUUCCAUUCUUCAGCAUGGAUUUACCAAGGAGAUGAUUUGGGCUCAGGGGCCAUUCCUCCCAGCCUCAACACCAGGGCUCGAGCUGUCUCAAUUCGUGAGAGGACUGUCAAAAUCAGCAAAGGGACAGGAGAUUAUCCUUGGGGCUUUCGAAUACAGUUCUCUAAACCCAUUGUGGUUACAGAGGUUGACACAAAUGGGGCUGCUGAGGAAGCAGGGCUGAUGGUAGGAGACUAUGUUUUGGCUGUCAACGGAACUGAUGUUACCAGCAUUCCUCAUUCUGAGGCUGCCCAUUUGGCCAGGCAAGGUCCAGAUCUUCUAACAAUGACCGUUGGGUCAGACAUUGCUUGUGGUCCUAAUACCCCAAGACCUGCAUGUCGUGGCUAUCUUCACAAGCGUACCCAGUCUGGUCUGAUUAAAGGCUGGAGGAAGAGAUGGUUUGUCCUCACACAUGACUGCUGCCUUUAUUACUACAGACACAAACGGGAUGAAGGCAAAAGACGGGCUUUGUCAGCAGUAAAGCUGGAAGGGGCUGAGGUGGGACCAGAUAUUUCCCUGGGAAAACCCUUUGUGUUUAAGUGCCGCCCUCAGUCUGGUACUCGAGUGUACUUCUUCUGUGCCACCUCCAACCAGGAGAUGAAAAGGUGGCUGGAAGCGAUGGAGAAAGCUAUUCAUCCCAUCACACAGAACCAUGUGUGGGUUGAUGUCACUAGACACAACUCUAACCUGCCCCCACUGGCUGUGAAAAACCCAGAGUGUCUUGGAUUGCUUCAUAAAAUGGACAAAAACAAAGAGAUGUGGGUACAACACUACUGCAUUUUGAAGGAUGGUUGCCUCUUCUUGUACAGCGGUAUCCGUGCGACUCAUGCAUAUGGUGGGAUAUACCUUCAAGGAUACAUGGUGAGGGAGCAGCCCUAUGGAUCUAAGAAGUCCACAAUUGAGCUGAAACCUCCGUCUGAUGAGUUCAAGACUUUCUACCUCUGUGCUGAAAAUCCUAGUGAGAACAAACGAUGGAUCAUAGCUAUCAAAGCUUCAAUAAAGAAAUGGCUGCCUUUACAUCAGGCCCUUCGAGACUACCUGAAUCAACCACCAGAGGAGACCAGAAUGUGAAGCAGUGUGAAUACUGACAGCAGCCUGCCUCGCCCUGUGGACCACUGGAUGAAUGUCCUGUUUGUUUCUGGUUUAGGUGUGAGUGUGAUGGCCAGUGGGAGAAGUGAUUGUCUGAAAAUGAUAAUGGCUGCUCCCAAAGAGAUUAGCAUCACAGCUACAGCAUCAUUUAUAUCAGAUAUGGAGAGCUUUUCCACUGAGUGUAUUUCAUU